AUGCUUGUGCCUUUUCUGCCCCCACAUAUCUUCUGCCUGAAGCUCUCGGCUGACAUGGACUUGGAGCUAAGUGUGUAUACUACCACACGGUCAAAUAUUGGUGCUGAGAGUAAUAUAGAUCUGGUUUUGAAUGUGGAGGAUUUUGAUAUUGAGUCCAAAUUUGAAAGGACAGUGAAUGUCUCUGUACCAAAGAAAACCCGAAAUAAUGGCACAUUAUAUGCAUAUAUAUUUCUUCAUCAUGCUGGCAUUUUGCCUUGGCAUGACGGUAAGCAGGUGCAUAUAGUAAGCCCUCUGACCACGUACAUGGUCCCUAAACCAGAAGAGGUCAAUUUGCUCACUGGAGAAUCAGCCACACAGCAAAUUGAAGCAGAAAAACAGACCAAUGCUCUAGAUGAACCUGUCUCUCACUGGAGGUCAAGAUUAACCUUAAAUGUCAUGGUGGAUGAUUUUGUGUUUGAUGGAUCAUCCCUCCCUGCUGAUGUUCACCGUUACAUGAAGAUGGUUCAGUUGGGGAAGACAGUGCAUUACCUUCCAAUAUUAUUUAUUGAUCAGCUAAGCAACAGAGUGAAAGAUUUGAUGGUUAUAAAUCGUUCAACAACAGAGCUACCUCUUACAGUGUCAUAUGACAAAAUAUCUCUUGGAAAACUCCGGUUUUGGAUCCACAUGCAGGAUGCUGUGUACUCCCUCCAACAAUUUGGGUUUUCAGAAAAGGAUGCAGAUGAAGUAAAAGGAAUUUUUGUUGAUACUAACCUGUACUUUCUGGCUUUGACAUUCUUCGUAGCAGCAUUUCAUCUUCUCUUUGAUUUCCUUGCAUUCAAAAAUGACAUCAGUUUUUGGAAGAAAAAGAGGACCAUGAUUGGGAUGUCUACAAAAGCAGUGCUUUGGCGGUGCUUUAGUACUGUGGUAAUAUUUCUUUUCCUUUUGGAUGAACAAACAAGUUUAUUGGUACUGAUCCCAGCAGGCAUUGGUGCAGUGAUUGAGCUCUGGAAAGUGAAGAAAGCUUUGAAAAUGACAAUCAAGUGGCAAGGCUUGAGACCCAAAAUUCAGUUUGGUACAUACAAUGACUCUGAAAAGAAAACUGAGGAGUAUGAUACCCAGGCUAUGAAAUACUUGUCAUAUUUGCUCUAUCCACUGUGUAUUGGAGGUGCAGGUUACUCCUUGCUGAAUGUCAAAUACAAAAGCUGGUACUCCUGGUUGAUUAACAGCUUUGUUAAUGGAGUGUAUGCUUUUGGAUUCCUGUUUAUGCUGCCCCAGCUGUUUGUAAACUACAAGAUGAAAUCUGUUGCACACUUACCGUGGAAGGCUUUCACAUACAAAGCAUUCAACACCUUUAUUGAUGAUAUAUUUGCUUUUAUCAUCACUAUGCCAACGUCUCAUAGGCUGGCGUGCUUUAGAGAUGAUGUCGUGUUCCUGGUCUAUCUUUACCAAAGAUGGCUUUAUCCUGUGGAUAAGAGCAGAGUGAAUGAGUAUGGAGAAUCUUACGAAGAAAAGCCAAAAAAAAAAGCUCAUAGAGAAUAACUAAGAAUUGAAGAAGAUUCUGACCCCUGGACUCUUACUGGCUUCAUGUAUUAUCUGGUCUUAAGGAAGGAAAAACUUAUUUAAUGAGAGUAUUUUUAAAGCUUAUGACAGAACUACAUGGACAAUACAUCUUCUAUAUUGUCAAAAUCUAGUUUUGAUACCCUCCUAUUUCAAGAUCCUCUUUUGUCCUCACAAGGUCCACAGUCUGCCAGAUGUCGUUAAAUAAACUUCCUGCA